AUAAAUUACGCUUAUACACUAUAGAAGAAAAAAAUAAAAUCUACAUAUAUGGGUUGUGUAAAUAGGCUAUCUAACUUUUUAGUAAAGACUGAUUUUUUAGGAAAGUAAUUUGAGCUUAAACCGAACGCAAACGAGAAAAAUGGAACUCCAUUAGGAGGACUUUUGACUUGGCUAAUACUUAUAUUUAUAUUUCUAUUUACUGUUGGAAAAUAUUUAGAAGAGACAUUUUAAAGUCUAAAUUAAUAUUCAGGGGAAGUAUAAUAAAUUGACAGUAGUGAUAUUUAAAUUAAUGGGUCUAAUAGUAUCUUGGCUUUCUAUUUUAUGAAAGAAACUGAAAAUGGAGCUAAUUAUGUUGGAUUAUAAAAUAUAACGCAAGAGUUUAGCAUCGAAGUAGAAUUAGUUACUAAAAUAAAAUUUCAGACAGGUUUUUAAAUAUCUAAGUAGAAUUAUUAGUUAAUUGAAUGUAAUGAUUUUCAGAAAAAUAUAAAACAGUCCAAUCUAGAUAUAACACCAACUUAACUAUAUUGUUUUUAAGGCAACUACAAUUUAAGUUCAACUUAUAAUAAAUAGUUAGAAUCUAAUUUGUAAAUUUCAUUUUCUAAAAUUAACCCAUUAGAAAAAAACAUUACUAAAUAUUUUUUGAGACUUAUAAUUUUGUAAUCUUAACUAUCUUAAGACUCAACUAAAUCUGUAAGUAGUAUAGAUAAGUUAACAUUGAUACCUUACGUUUACGAAUACUAAUUUGAUAUGAGUACAUUUAAAAAUGUGGAUGUCGAAUUAUCUCAAGUUUUAAUUAAACAACGAGAGGAAGGAAUGCUCAGUAACCUUUAUGGAAACAACGACUAUAUGAUUUAACAUCAAGGCUUACAAGUAAAUUUCUAAAAUAUAGAAACGAAAACCUAAUUGGAAAAUUAAAGUGAUUCAGCUAAUUUUGUUUUGAAAUUUAAAAAUGAUGGGUCUUAAAAGAUAAUGCUAUUAAAUUCUUAAAGUUUAGUAAUUACUAUAUGCUUGAAUUUGGCAAAUUUUGGAGGAUUAUUGGUCAGCCUUCUUGGAAUAAUUGGUAUUUUUUAUGGCGUUUAUCAAAAACAUAAAAUAAUCGUUAGUUUAAUGAAGAACACGUUCUAUUUUGAUUUUUAAGAGCAUAAUUCUAAUUAAAAUAAUAUUAAAAAUAAAGAGCUAGAAAAGCAUAUUAUUUCUAUUAAUGGCUCCCAACUAAUAAAUUUAGGAAGUAAUAUGGGAAAGUAAAUAGACUAUUCUUUUUACUAGUUUCUUUGGAUGAAAACUUAAGAAUCUUGUCAAGCAGUUGCGGAUUUGUUUGGAUUAGAUUAUAAAAUCGAAGAUAAAAAUGAAAAAAUGAGAAUUUACAGGAUGGCUGAACAAAAAAUUGAAUAAGAUUUAGAUAUCACACACAUCCUUAAAAGAUUAUAUGAUAUAGAUAAACUUAAAUUAUUGCUUCUUGAUGAGUAACAAAUAUAAUUAUUUAAUACUCUUGCUAAACCAGUAAUUAAGAUACAAAAGAAAAAAAGUUUAAGACUGCACAGAUAAUCAAGAUAAGGUACUGUAAAUACAUAAAUGCUUCGAGUUAGUUAAUUUUUUUAAAGUGGUGCUAUUAUUCAUGACCCUAAGCAGCUUUUUUAUAUCUAUCAAAGUAUCAAAGAAAACUAAAAUAGAAAUAUAGCAAUGAACCAAAAUAUUUUAUAAUUAGUUAAAGAACAUGAUUUGGUUUAAAAUAUAUUAAAUAAAGAGGAAACUAUGCAGAAAAUUAAAUAACAACUUUAUCAUCCAGAUAAAAUUGAGAAUAAAAACUAGAAUAGCGAUAAAUCAUGUGAAAGUGAAGUAAAUAAAAAAUAUCUAAAAGAUAGAGCUGAAAAAAUAUAGAAACCUUAGAAUUCACAUAAAAGUAUUUCUCAAUGCAAUAUCAAUAACCCUAAAAACCAAAAAUCAAAAUAGGAUUUUAGAGAAAGUAUUGUACUGCAUCCAAAUUAAAAAAAUAUUUUAAAUAUUAAUGAUUUAUAAUAAAUAAAAAUGCAUGACCCUUUAAAAAUUUAGUCUCUAAAUAGUAUAUAGAGUCCUUUGUAUUAGAAAAAAUAAAAAAUUUUAUCUCAGUUUUCUAUAAAUUAGUAAAGUUUUGGGUAAGUUUAGCUAUCUUUUGAGGAAUUCAAUUAAAGUAAACAAGAAAAAAAAAAUGGAUCAAUUUAUCCAAAUAAGUUGAAGCUAUGGAGUCACAGAUAAAGUCCAUUUUUAGCCUAUAAAAAUAAAUAAAGUUAAUUAGAAUAGAGUCCAAACUAAAACUCCCAAACAAGUAAUGAAGACAAUUAAUAGAAUGAAUAUGCCAAUGUUUUAUAAUUAAAUUAAGAUAAAAGUUGUUAAUUUGAUAUAACUCCAAAUAAGAAUAGCUAAAUUUUAUUUUUAUUAGACCAAAAUUCUAAUCAAAGCAAGCUUGAAAAACAAUCAUUCAGUGAACUUUAAUUUUCUAAUAAUAAUAUUCAUCCUAAAAUAUAAUCAAAUCAAAAAUAAAGCACAUAUACCAAUUAAGUUAUUGAAAAAUGCCAAUCUAAAGACUCACCUUGCAGCAGUAAUUUAGAAACUUCAAAUAUUUCUGAAUCAAUACCAAAUUAAUAAAAGUGA